AUGGCGGUUCUCCUGCACAACUCCGUCCAACUGAUGGUCACCUUUCAAGACGACCAGGAAGUCAGGGAGGAGAAACAGCAGCAAGUCGCCGCUGACUUCGGCAUUUGGCGUGAGAAACCCACCUACGCCGCCACUGCCUUGGCACCAAAGGUGCCAAAAUCACUGCGGAGCCAAGUGGCUGGUGCCAUCAAAGAGUAUGACAUGAUCCGCGAGGGUGACAGGCUGCUGGUGGGCCUCUCUGGUGGGAAGGACAGUUUGACCUUGCUUCAUGUGCUGCUGGAGUUGCAACGCCGGUCUCCUGUGAAGUUCACUGUGGCUGCUGCGACUGUGAACCCUGAGACGCCAGAGUUUGCUCCCGAGCCACUGAUCGAUUACCUGAAGGCCUUGGGAGUAACAUACCAUUUUCUCUCAAAGCCUCUCAUCGAGAUGGCAAAGUGUCACCUGGAUCCCAAGAAGCCGUCGAUUUGUUCGUUUUGUGCAAGGAUGAAGCGAGGAAUGUUGUACACCUGCAUGCGGGAGAAUGCUUACAACGUCCUUUGCCUGGGACAGCAUUUGGACGACUUUGCCGAAUCCUUUUUGAUGUCUGCGUUUCGAAAUGGAUCUCUGCGGACCAUGAAGGCCAACUAUGCUGUAGCAGCGAAGGAUUUACGAGUGUGUCGACCACUGGUCAAUGUCCGAGAAAAGACUCUGGCCAACUUCGCCAAGGAGAACAGGCUUCCGGUGAUUGCCGACAACUGCCCUGCAUGCUUCGCUGCACCCAAAGAACGUCACCGAAUCAAGAUCAUGCUCUCCCAGCAGGAGUUUGAGCAUCCAGAUCUCUUUUGGUCGCUGAGCUCCUGCAUGAAGCCGCUGAUGUCCAUUGCACAGACUGAGAAGACCAUGGACUGGUGGCGGCAACUCAUGGCAGAUGAAGAUGACGAGGAUGGUGCAGCACCUGCAUUGACACAGGUUGCAAGGCCUCCUAGUCCAAUCGUGCCACCUGGGUCACCUGCGUCUGGGCCUGGGAAUGACCACACGAGGCUAGUACUCGUUGCAGUGAGUUCAGCGAUCGUAGGUGGCAUCGUGGUUGCUCUUGCCCGAUGCCGGUAGUUCCACAUGCGAAAUCGUGCGAAAUCAAUCGAAAGUCAUCGGAAGCGCGGGGAAACCAGAAUGGC